AUGUAAUAUUAAGGAUAAAAUGAUAAAGAGAUAAUUGAAGUUGAAGGUAAAUAAAGUUAUUGGAAUGGGUAGCAUUUCUUACAAAAUACUACUUACCAUUAUUAUUAAAUUUAAGGAUCUGAAAUCUAUAUCAAAGAUGGAUAAGUAGUAAAAAAGUAUAAUAUAAUAUAUUUAUAGGGAACGUAUCAUUAAUUCAGAUUAGAAAACUUAGAUUAACUUAAAUCUUUAAUAAGUGAAAUAUUUAAAUUGGGAUGGAAAAUAUGGAAGCAAUAAUUAAAAAGUUGGGUAAUGGAGAGCUUUUUGGAAAGAUAAUUUAUUAAAUGUUGGAGGUAUAUAUGAUGAGAAUGGAUUAAAGCAAGGAACUUGGAUAGAUAUUGGAUUUGAAUACUGGAAGUAAAUUAAUAUAUAGAAUAAGUGAAUGUUAAACAACUUAUGUUGGAUCUUACAAAGAUGGAAAAAAAAUUGGUAAAUGGAAUAUAUUAUUUGAAAACCAAAUUUAGUAUGAAAUUUCUUAAUACUUUAGUGGUGGAGGUUAAUAUGAUGAAAAAAGUAAUUAAAAAAUUGGAUAAUGGAUUGAAUUAUAUGAGAAUUUUUGGAAGUAAUUUUAUUCAUUCAUACUAUAAUAGUUAAUGUCAAGUUACUAAAAUUGGAGAAUAUAAAAAUGGAAUUAGGGUAGGAAGAUGGGAUUUUUUAUUUGAAAAUAACAUUCUGUAAAUUUUUUAAUUUAUAUCUUAGGGGUGGAGGAGUUUAUGAAUCUGGUGUUANAUAUAACAUAUUAUUAAAUUUUGAUAAAAAAGUGUUUCAUCAAAAAGUUUGUCUAAAUAUUAAAAAUAACAGAAAUUAAUUCUUUAUUAAAUCUGCUAAACCUCAAAACUAACUUUUUAUUUUUACUUAUAUAUUAAGUUGA